AAGCCGCGAGGGCCGCAAGAAGCGCCAAGAUGGCCCGGGGCACUAUAUCGGUCGGCGUCAAGUCACUCGAUGCUCGGAGGAGGACCCAUGCCCGACCGGCUACUUCUGCGAGUACGACCCCAGCAGCCCCAUCGAG